AUGAAUUCACUAACAAGAACAUUUUUGGUUUGCUUUGUCUUCAGACUAGCUGUAAGUCAAUCUAAAACAGUUGAUGAAUUGUUGGCUCUAAUUAUCGAUGGUGAUCAAAAAUCGGCGGCUUACCAAUUGCCAACGGAUGCCAAGCAGUAUGCAGCAAAUGAUACGACCAUCAAUGAUUAUGGAGAAGAAUACGAUUUCGUCAUCAUUGGGGCUGGCGUUACUGGCUGCGCUAUAGCAAAUAGACUAUCCGAAAUUGGAAAAUGGAAAGUUUUACUAAUUGAAGCUGGGAAUUUUUCUGAUAAUGGAUUAGUCAGAAUACCUACAAUGUUUGCAUUGAAUUUAUUCUCGGAUUACAAUUGGGGUUUCAAAACCGUACCACAAAACACGUCAUGUCUCUGUACUACCGAUCAAACCUGCCAGGUGCCUCGUGGAAAAGGUGUAGGUGGUACGAGUUUAAUCAAUGCAUUGCAGUAUGUUAGAGCCAACCCCCAAAACUUCAAUUUAUGGGCUAAAAUUCUCCAAGAUUCAAGUUGGUCGUAUACCAAUGUUCUCAAAUAUUUCAAAAAAUCCGAAAAUUUCACAUGGACAAAUCCAAAAGCUCCCGUUGAUUUAAAAUACCAUGGUACUGCCGGUCUCCUGAAUGUUCAACACAAAGUACCUGAUCAUCCCUUAAAUGACAUAUUCAUAGAAGCAAAUAAACAACUAAACUACGCGAUAACAGAUUAUAACUCUCCAAAUCAAAUAGGUGGUACUAUUAUGCAACUAGACACUAAAAGUGGUACUAGGGAUGAUUUAGGAACGGCUUAUAUCACUCCAUUUUUAAGCAGAUCUAAUUUAAGAGUACUAACUCAAAGUUAUGUUACUAAAAUUGAAAUUGAUAAAACUACUAAAACUGCUAAAAGCGUAAUAUUCACAAACGAAGGAAAUACUUACAGAGUACGAGCAAAAAUGGAGGUUAUACUAUCUGCAGGAGCUAUUUCUAGUCCUCAAAUUUUGAUGUUAUCCGGUGUAGGUCCAAAGGAACAUUUAAAAGAUAUGGAAAUUGAUUUGAUAGAAGAUUUACAAGUAGGUAGUCAUUUGAAAGAUCACGCUUUAGGCAAUCCUUUCUUCUUUUCUUCCAACCUAACAAUACCCGUGGAGUCAUUAAAACAACAAAUCACAGAAUACCUUAAAGGCUCUGGACCUUUGACUUCAUCUGGUAUUCAGGCUCAAGGGAUAGGUUUCUACAACGUCAACUGCAAAACAUGUACUGUACCUAAUGUCGCAAUCUUUUUAGAUGCUGGUAAUGAAGUAAUAGCACGAGAAAAACAAAAUCAAAAUUUUAACGAUGAAUGCUUCGAAUCUUUUUCAAAGAAUCCUAUACCUAAUGGUGUUAGGUUCUUCUUCCUAUUAUUAAAUUCAAAAUCUUCCGGUACGAUUAGAUUGAAGAGUAACAAUCCUUUUGACUAUCCUUUGAUAGAUCCAAGACUUUUGUCUGAUACUUGUGAUCGGGAUAUAAGUACAAUGUACCUUGGUAUUAAACAUAUUUUCAAAAUAGCAGAGACUCUGUCUUUUAAAAACAUUAAUCUGACAUUUGCUGGUCAACCAUUACCAGCUUGUAAAGACUUUAAAUUUAAAUCUAAACAAUAUUGGUACUGUUAUCUGAGACACGUUGUCCAAACAGCAUAUCACCCUAUGUGCACGUGUCCAAUGGGUAUCAAUAAAUAUACAGGAAGCGUUGUAGAUUCCAAUCUUAAAGUGUUUGGAGUCAAAAAAUUGAGAGUGGCUGAUGCUAGUGUUUUUCCAACCCCCAUUGCAGGCUACCCAUCUAUAAACUGUUUACUGAUAGGAGAGAAAAUUAGUGACGUCAUUAAAAAGGAAUAUUCGUGAAAGGUCAAUUAUUAUUCUAGACAGAUUAUCAGGAAG